GCCGCUACGUCCCGGCGGCGCGCGCACGGGCUGAGGGCUGCUCGGUGCCGGCAGGGUUGCCCGGGGAGUGCCCGGGCGGGCCGGGAGGGGCUGCCCAGGCUCCGCGCCUACCCAGCACCGCGGCCGGCGCCCGGCCAGGAGGAUGCGCGGCGCCGGGCUCUGAAGCAUGGAGGGGGUUCUGUAUAAGUGGACCAACUAUCUCACAGGUUGGCAGCCUCGUUGGUUUGUUCUAGAUAAUGGAAUCCUGUCCUACUAUGAUUCACAAGAUGAUGUUUGCAAAGGGAGCAAAGGAAGUAUAAAGAUGGCAGUUUGUGAAAUUAAAGUCCAUUCAGCAGACAACACAAGAAUGGAAUUAAUCAUUCCAGGCGAGCAGCAUUUUUACAUGAAGGCAGUGAAUGCGGCGGAAAGACAGAGGUGGCUGGUUGCUCUGGGGAGCUCCAAAGCCUGUUUGACUGAUACGAGGACGAAAAAAGAAAAAGAAAUAAGUGAAACCAGUGAAUCUCUGAAAACCAAAAUGUCUGAACUUCGCCUCUACUGUGAUCUCCUAAUGCAGCAAGUUCAUACUAUCCAAGAAUUUGUUCACCAUGAUGAGAAUCAUUCAUCUCCCAGCAUAGAGAACAUGAAUGAAGCCUCUUCUCUGCUUAGUGCCACAUGUAAUACGUUCAUCACAACACUUGAGGAAUGUGUGAAGAUAGCGAAUGCCAAGUUUAAACCUGAGAUGUUUCAGCUGUCCCAUCCGGAUCCCUUGGUUUCUCCUGUGUCACCUUCUCCUGUUCAAAUGAUGAAGCGUUCUGUUAGCCAUCCUGGUUCUUGCAGUUCAGAGAGGAGUAGCCACUGUGUAAAAGAACCGGUAUCUGCACUUCACCGACUCUCCCAGCGACGCCGAAGAACCUACUCAGAUACAGACUCUUGUAAUGAUAUUCCUCUUGAAGACCCAGAUAGACCCAUUCACUGUUCAAGAAAUACACUUAAUGGAGAUCUGGCAUCAGCAGCCAUUCCUGAAGAAAGCAGACUUACGGCCAAAAAGAAAUCUGAAUCGGAAGACCCUCUUCCAUCCUUCUCUUCCUGAGGAGACGGAAGUGCCCAACUUCCUCUAAGUAUUGCUAUGCAAAAGCUGCUGUACUGAAACUAUGUUAUAGGGGGUGGUUUUUCCCUUAGGAUUUCUCUGCACUUUAUAGAAUACUGUAAAACCAACAACAACGAAACAACCCACAUACCUUUGAAGUGUAUUUUAUCUUUAUAUAGUUUAUUUGCAAGAGUAUUUUCCUAAUAACUUCACAGUAUGAAUGUGCAUCUUUUUUUUUUUUUUUUUAAACAAAUGAUGGUGUAACAUUUUGACCUCCAUAAGGACAAAUGUAGAUAUUUUUCUAAAAAACCAUGAGGGACUGACGGAUGAGUCAGUGUGUAUUGUAGCUUAUAAACAUGAAAUCUUAGAAACAUAAGGUUUCUGUUUGACAGAAGUGUGGUAUCUGUAACUUGUGCCAUGGACCAAAUGGUCACUUUAGCCCAGCUAAAAAUGAGUUACGGUAGCAGCUUGAUGGUGAUUCUAUUGUAUUCCCUUAAGCAAAAGGAAACAUUUAAUAUUCUAAAUAUUUUUAGCCCCAAUACCGUGACAUACUGAGGAUUUUUUUAAAAACCAGGCUGUGCUGUCCUUCAUAUGUGAAGUUGACACUACUGAUUUGUCAAUACCAAAUGUUGGGUUAAAGUAUUUAACUUUUAUUUAUUUAUUUUUCUGUUGCAUCAAAAAAUGAUUGCAUCCUAACUUUUAUGACCUACCAAAUUUAAGAUGUGUAUACAUUGUCAUUUACAUUGUUCUAGAAAAGAGGUGAAUGUUGUAGUGACCUUGCUCACUUACACCAGAGAAAUAAACGCCUUUCA